AAAAAAAAAAAAAAGUUUUUCUGCACAAACUUACAACAGUUUCGAGAACUCAAUUGCCUACGUGAACACUGGAGUCUGGAGUGGACAGUGGAUUUCCCAGAACAGGGAAAGAAUCUUGUGAACUGAAACUUUCCUCACUGUAGAGAGAGAGAGAGAGAGUGGAGGGCAUCAUCAUCAUCAUGAUGAGAAGGAAGCUAUGCUGGAAAUACUGAAGAGGCAUAUCAAGAAAAAGAGAAUGAUUUCAGAUUCUGCUGAGAUGGAACUUGAUGUGGACUUGGACAGCAAGAUAAUAGAUUGCUCAAUUGGAAGGGAGAUUUGUGUUACCGAGGCUGGAGAAAUGCUUGAUUUAUAUGAGGGGAGAGAGUUAGGUAUACAUGAAAUAGAUAAUAAUGUGGAACCUUAUGUUGGGAUGGAGUUUGAAUCUGAAGAGGCAGCUAUGAUGUAUUAUGAUGCAUAUGCUAAGUGUUUGGGCUUCAUUAUCAGAGUUGGUAAUUGCCAUCGUUCAGGUCGUGAAGGAUCAGUUAUCAGUCGAAGGUUUCUUUGUAACAAAGAAGGUUUCCGUGUUAAUAAUAACAAGACAAGAAAUACAAGAAGUCUCGAAGUGAGGAAGCCAAGGCAGAUUACUAGGGAGGGUUGCAAGGCUAUGAUUAUGGUGAGGAAAGAGAAGACAGGAAAAUGGGUUGUCACAAAGCUUGAAACAAAACAUAAUCACCCAAUGGGGAUAUCUGUUGGCAAGGGUCGUAGGUGUACAGUUCAGGCCAGACCGCAGGUCCUUAUGAACGCGGCAGAAAAUGUUUUUUGCUUCCUUUGAGAAGGGCCCCUGAAAUCUUCAGUGGGUUUGAAGAAUUUGAGUGAAAAGUAGGCCAGAUUUUCAACUGAUUCACAACGAGUAAUUCCCUACUAGCUUUGUAGCUUGAAAGGGGCCAUCAUAUAUAAUUGUCAUUAUUGGUGCACCACAUUCCAUUUAAACUUUUUUCUAGAUUUGGGGAGUAAGUUUAAACAAAGCUUUAUUUCCAACUCGCAAUUCCUACAAUCAUUCUCUCUUAUUAGCAUACUCUUUCAUGCUCUCUUAUUAGCAUAAUAAUUCAUGCAUUGUUUCUUGUGAAGCUAACUCAAGCUUCCAGUAGUAAUUCCUUCUUGGACUGGAUAUACCUAUACUCUGCGAAGCACUUUCAUCAGUUCACUGCACUGCCACUGAUGGAGAGUAAGUGGCUACUUGGCUGGUUGCCAAUGUACUGGCACUCAUCCUGGUUGAGGAUCAAUGUAUGUUGUAGAAAAAAGGCACUGGAUCCAAUAGAUUUGUCCAAUUAUUAUGAGUUGCAACCCAAUUGUUAUAGGUAUUUCCUGUAAAAAUAUGCACUCAAUUUGGCCAUCUGUCCGAGGGUGAUUGGCAGUAGAGAACUUUAACUUUAAACCCAUCAGUUAACGAGUGCAGUCCAAAGUUCUCCAAUAAUUUGAGUUUCUUGGUCAUGCACAAUGUCCUCUCACAACCUAAAGUACUUUACAAGCAGUGUGGUGAAAUCCAGAAAAUGCCUUCAAGGAAUUAAGGUUUCCAAACUGAUGAGGUGCAUGGCUUCAUAAGACAUUUGCCUCAGUGAGGCAAGGCAUCAACUUUUAUCUUGGACGCCUAUGCAUUUAAAAUUUAAACAAUAUCAACUGUUAUCUCUGUAUUUAAAUGAUAACGGGCUAUAUAUGGACAAGGCGCGUCACCCAUGAAGGCGAGAAUUAAAAGAGAAGUAAAAAAAUAAAUUUAUAUGGUGAUACCCUUCUGUAUCUAGUGCUGCACCAGGUGCUUUUUUGCGUUUUCUUGCCCUUUGCAGAGAUUGUUCAUAAUGUAGAUUUAAUGUGAAGGGGUUUUGGACUUGGAAGUUUGUAUACCGGGCAUGAUGUUUCAUGGAGUAUGUCUCUGGAGAGAUAUAAGGACAGCUGAGAUUUCUUUUCUAGGUUCUAAACUUUUAAGAUUUAGGAUAGUAAUCCAGACUGUUUUCAGCAAUGUGUUUGGUCUGGGAAGUUAUGAAGUCUUUCUUUGUUAUUCUGCUCAAUAUCAACGAGGAUGAUGCUUUUGCUUCCCAGUUGUUUGCAUGGUGUCAACUUUAUUGCAGUCAUAUCCUUAUAAGAUUUUUUUAUGACUAGGAAUUGGAUUAUCUCUGUGAGCUUUAUGUAUUUUUCUAGGGGCUAGGGAGAGGGCAAGGGGAUGGAUGAGGUGACCUGGACUUUAUAAAUAGGAAUCAACAAUUUGUGGUUGUCCCUUUUACAUGGUUUAGAGGGCUCCAGUUUUCCGUGGAAGUUUCUGCUCAUGGGGUCCCUUCAAAGGUUUUCUUUCUGGUCCUGUGUCCCUGGUUGUACUACCCACAAACACCAAAAUUUCUUAUCUACUAAACCUUAUUUAGAGAAGAUACUCGCUUUUUAGUUGCUGCAGAAUCCAUCAAGAGGCAGUGAGUCAGUGAAUUGGCUUGGUACCUUCAAAUCUUAAUUUAUUAUUUAUGAGGGAUAUUUUUUUAAUCCAAAUUUAUGAGGUGCUUGCUGGUCUGGAUUAUUUGGCCUGAUACUUGAUCUUAUGGAUGAUUUUGUCUGUAUGGAAAAAAUGAAAUAGUCUGACUUCUAGGCUGGAUUUGGUCCUUGUGAAUGAAGUAAGUAGUUUGUCGUUUGAAGAGAUGUAAGUUUUCCUUGCAACUAUAUUUUUAUUCACUUUUCACUUUCAUGGAUGAUAGACUUUUUCUUUGCUGUUUCUCCUUUUUUAGAUCACAUUGAUUGCUUAGGUGUUGUUUGUUAUUGCUCCAUAAAAUACAAAGAAAAGGAAUACUUUUUUCCAACCAUUCUAAAAGGACUUUCCGUUGAAGAUCUGUUUGGUAAUGAGUUAGAAAGUCCUAGGUUAUGCAACUUUGUUAGAAUUUCAUCUUAUGAAAGCAGGGUAGGAGAAAUCUUCUAGGAACUCGUGUGCUGGAAGCACCCAGAUAUUCUAAUAAAAAUUUCUUCUUUGACUUGUAAGUCCAUUUUUUCUUAUUUAUUGUGCCAAUUGGGCCAGAAUUAAAUCAAAGCACUCAAGAAGGUAUCAAUAAAGUAAGUAUCAUGCUUCAAAUUUCACAAUGCUGCAUACCAACAGGGGUGUUCAAAAGUAUUUUAGCGUUUCCAUGUGUUACUCCACUGGAAAUAUGUGAAUUGUCUCUUUGUUUACUCUUGGAGUCAGGAAUGGCAUCAUGGGAAACAUGGUUUAAUAUUUUUUGAGAGCAUUUCUCUUGAUUAUAAUUUUACCUCUAGCAAUUUUCCUUUCUUGCCUGUAUUAGGAAAUUUACACCAGCAGAGGAAAAAAAGGGAUAGGUAGAUAAAACAGAUGGUUUUCUAACUCUCAAGGCUCCUAAACCUUAUUUCUUAUUUUCUUGUCAUAACUAAUGCAUUAAAAUGUGAUUGGUUCCCAAUAAGAAGAUUGGGAUGUUUUCUAUAUUUGUUACUUCAUAAGCCUUGAGUAAAUUUUUAUGACUUUUUUGUUCACUGUAGAAUUAACAGUGAGCAUGUCUGAGCUUCAUUAUCAAUGUUAAGUCAUUCAAAACAAUUAGUAGUGGCUUUUGGCAUAUCAGUUUUCUGCCAUAUAUCCUCAUAUGUAAGAAAAGGAAUGAUGCGUUUUUGGAGGAGGGGGAACAAAAAAUACCCUCAUUUCAGCUUUGUUUACAUGGAAACCAUUUGCUUGCAAAUAGUUUUUACAAUCUUUUUGGUGUAUUUUAUUUUUUUUAUAUGUAAAAUUUUGGAAAUUGUAUUUUAAUAUGUUCAGCAGAAGUACAUUCUGUUGUGGCCCUUUGAGUGUUUAAGAAAAGUGUCUGACACUGAUUAAAAUAGGCUGCCUUCCACAGAGGCAGAGCAAGAGCUACAUUGUCAUCAAUGAGGGCAAUUGCUCCUACUGAAGUUAGAAAAACUUUUAGGUUCAUAUAAAUAUAAUUUAAGAUUAUUUUUCUUAAGUGCCACCUACUUAAAAAAAUUGUGUUAAAGAACAAAAAAAGAUUUAAAACAGAAAAUUGAUGUGGGUGAAGGAGAGGAAAACCCUACUAUCUAAAUAUCAAAUAUUUAAUAACAUUUGACCAUGCAAGUUUUUUUGUUGUGUUGCCAAUUUGAUUUUAAAUGUUUAUAUGUUUGGCAUUUUUAUUGUACUGGUUGGUUGAUGACUAUUUAUUUAAUAUAGUUGUGAGCAAUGUGCAUUUGUCAUAAGACUAGCAAUUAUACUCUUACUGAAAAGUUGGAUGUUUAUAUGUCAUAAUUCAUAUGAGUUCUUAGAAAAAUGAAUACUAUUAUUUAUUAUAA